AUGUCAGGCUCACCAGGCCAAGGCCCACAUCCUCUUCGUCCCUACUAUCAGCCACACGAUGAGCCUCACAUCUACUCCUCCUCUUCAUCUAGUCGAGGGCCAUCUGGCGCCGCCUCCUCCUCGGCAUCCUCAGCGGCGCAUACAACAUCCUCCUCGCCCUCUGCGACAGUCACCAUCCCUCGCCGCCCAAAUCGAUACGUCAACGACAAUGAUGAUACCCUCUCUGCAGCGCAAUUCGGCUCGUCCAUAUCGGACAUGACAAAGGCUGGCCUCUUGGGACUGCUCCUGCAGUACUCGUCAACAUGCGUCGCCAUGCCCUUCGAGGUGGCUAAGCUACUCCUCCAGGUCCAAUGGGUACCAAAGGAUGAGGUCUGGAAUAGCUUCGUCGCUUCGAUCGCUCAAGACCUUCCGCAACCGGCGCUCAAGAGAGCGCCAGGCAGUCGUUUGCGGCAACAAGAGAGCGAGGAGGAUGAGGAGGAUGAAGAGGACCUCGACAUGGCUCCAGAGGCACAGGAGUGGAGGAGAGAGCCGCGCUACCACGACGACGAGGACGGUGAGGAUAGUGAUCUGAGCGGAGAUGACGAGGACGAGCUCUCGUCACCAUCCGAUGCCGAAGCCUACUUCCGUGACGCCUCAUCAGCAGACAAGCCACGCCCUGCCUCCUCUUUGUCCCGCAAAGAGCCUCGUAGACGACCCGCUAAAGAUGCGAGCGGCUAUCUCGUGCGUCGAUCCGUACGCGAUGGCGCAGAGUCAGGGUCGCGGCCCGAAUUCGUCAUGCCGGUCGUUGUGCGAGGCGGAGUGUGGGAGAUGAUGAAGUCCGUCGUGAGGGGGAAAGAGGGCUGGCCUGGUUUGUGGAAAGGCGCCUUCACCUCCUUCAUCUACGACCUCCUCGCCUCAGGCAUCCAGCCAGUCGUCUCGGCAACUCUCUCUCCCUUGAUACCCAUGUCCCUCUCUACCCUUCCGCUCCCCUACGUGCCCCAUCCCAAGCGCACCCUCGCCCUCCUCGUCUCAAGUCACGUAGUUACGCACCUUCUCCUCUCGCCUCUCGACCUCGUCCGCACGAGGCUGAUCGUCCAAUCCACCUUGCCAAGGCAUCGCAAGUACACAGGACCAUGGGACGCGCUCAAGAAGAUCUCGGCAGAGGAGGGAGGGUGGAAGAGUAUGUUCCUGCACCCUAAUCUUCUGGCUCCAGCUCUGCUCGACCUGACGCUCAGGCCCCUGUUGAGCUUCUCCAGCCCGCUCCUCAUCGAGCGCUGGCUGCACCUCGAUGCUAUGACUUCGCCGGUCUCCCAUGCCUUUGCAGAGCUCUGCGUGGACACGGCAAGUUUGCUCUUCAGCUUGCCGAUUGAGACAGUCAGGCGACGGCUGCAAAUCCAGAGGAGGAAGGCGGAGGGAGGGGCAAACACUAUCAAGGCAGCUGCCGCGACGGCUCCUUCGACACCGCCGAGGGGCAAUGCUAAGGGCAAGUCACCCGCAACUGCGACCGGAACGGGCAACACGGGCACGCUGAAGGGUCUACGCACCUGUGUGGAGACUCGCCCCAAGCCUUACGUGGGCGUCGUCGAGGCGAUCUACCGUAUCCUGACCGAGGAGACGGCCUACCUCUCCACGACAGCAGGCGCCAAGGAAGAUUCCAAGCAGAAGGACAAGACCCAUCACUCCCGUCAUCAGCGCACCGAGACAGAGGACAGUGCCUUUGCUCCGGGCCCAGGUGAGGAUCCUGCAACGCCUCAGCGUCCGGGCUUGCACCCCAUGAUGGGGCGCAGCGUGAUCCUCGCGCCACAGCAGCCCACCUACGCCACACUGGGUGGGCUUAGAAGCCUCUAUCGCGGGUUCACCAUGGCGGCGGGUGCGAACUUGGUCGUAUUCUUGCUCACGGUGGUCACGGGUGAGAGGGUGCAGACUACAGGAAGCGGUGGCGUUGGCGUUGGUGGGGCAGGCGGAGGGUUGUGGGCUGAAAUUUGA